AAUUCCCUCUCUCUCUCUCUCUCUCUCUAAAUCGCGACAACAGAUUCUUCUCGUUAAGCAUCUGUGCUCUCGAAUCACACACCUGCUCACAAACCCUAGGGUUCUUCGUGCCCCAAUUUUCUCUCCAGAAAAUGGCCGGAAACAUCCGAAUCCAAGACGACGGAGAUGAACUCGAUGCUGAAGAGGACGAGAGAGAACCCAUCGACGGUGACCCCGUCGUCAACGACGACGAAGAUGAGGAAGACGCACUGUACAUGUUCUCCAUUUAUACAUGGGGUGGAGGACGUGAUGAACUCGAUACUUGAUGCUGAAGAGGAUGAGAAAGAACCGGUUGACGGUGACUCCAUCAGCGACGACAAAGAUGAGGAAGACGGUUUUAAUUUUACUCUAUUGACGUUGCCGUUGGGAGCAAAGCUUGCUGUCCACAUCUGCCCGCUCAUCUGCAACGACUGGCUCCAAGGCUGUUGCGCUUGGUGCUGGGAUACUGAAAAUGAGAGACAAAGCCCUGUUCCUCGGCGGCGAAAGUGCCACCCCGACCGAUGGAUCCCAAGAAAACAAGGCAGUAUAUGGGUAAGGUACAGCUGCGUGGAAAGAGAAGGCAGAAUGAGAGACUUCAAGUGGUUAAGCAUGAAGGAGAUGGUGGAGAUGAUCCUGAUUUACCCAAUUAGGUGCAUUGAAAAAUAUUUAUUGGAUGGUUUGUGCAUGACCCUGUGUUUUAGGAACAAAUCUAUGUUUGUGGAGCUCUCUGCUGGAAUCAUAAAUGUGUUAACUUUCCUUGUGAGGAAAAUCCAAACAAGUGUUCUAAGUUGUGCUGUAGCUUUGCAGUUACUUUUGGGCUUGUGUUUGUACAGAAGAGAACAAGUAGGAACUGAACUUUUGGUUAUAGCCGAAGGACUCAAAGGCCCCUGCUAUUUUUUCUCCCCAUGCUGAGACUACUGGGUGAACUUUGACUGAUUUCGAUAAUUUUGUUUUUAAGCGCCGGUGUUCCUUCUUCUUCCUCACCUGGACUUACAGUCUGUAACUUCUUACUUCUAACACUUGACUGCCCAUUGCUGUAAUGGAUGGAAUGGAGGUAAAGGGCUUUCUAUCUUUACUAGUUUCUUUUUGGGUGCAGGAUCCCCUUUCGGUUCGGUGUAGGUGGGCUUGAAAAUAGAUGGUGGUUAAAAUAAAGGCUUCUUUUUCAUUGUUUGGAGUUGGAACUAUAAUUUGGUCACUCUCCUCCGAAGGUGGCUUACUUGCACUAGGGUCAGGCACCAGAAGAUCAGCCAAGGAGCAAGAAAAACUGCGUGUGCCAUUUUCAGGCCCUGAUAAUCCUCAAGAAAAGAAAACACUGCAGAAUCCUCCCCAGCUCUGUUCUCCAGGGUCAAGCUCUAUCUCCUCUGACUUCUUCACGUGCUUUAAAGUGUGCAAGACAAGGAUUUGACCAUUUUAGGUGGUGCAAUUACUAGCAUCAGAGUUGAUGCAUUGCUGAAACUGAUUGUUGAUCUGUUGGAG